UUACUGUUCACGCGUGUUUGGUGUUUUCAAAUUAAUAAAAUUAUUGUAAUUCCCGCGAAUUGUUUUCACGUUUUAACCGUUCUCUCAAAUGUAGAAAUUGAAUAAAGGAGAAACAUGAAUAUGAUGAAAAUGUGCAGUUUCUGUCAUCUCCCGGCUGAUUUGGUGUGUAGCCGUUGUCUUGAGGUGUACUGUUCCUUCGUGUGCCAGAUCCGGGACUGGUCCGAGCACAGGAGAACCUGCGUCGACAUUCCGAAGUUAUAUCCAGCUGACAGUUAUCUGGAAGUAUUGGCCGGUGGCGUAAUGCUACCUCCAAGAAAUUCAGUCACAACCGAGCGAACAUCGCGGAAACUACUGGCAAACAAUGGACGUUCAUUGACACCUUUGCGUAGGCCGCACUUCCACAUGGGACCCGUCGGAGCGUCGGUAAAUCGCGAUGUAAAAGGCUUGCCUUCGGAACCGACUGAGAAGGCUCGCAACAUCACCGUAACGAUGGAAAGCGAACAGCGGAUGGUGAAAAUAAAAGCCAAAGAUAGUUAUCAGAAAAACGCGAUUGAGGACCUAAGACCGGCGGAGUGCGCAGCGAAUACACCUCAAAUGUCGGCAAAGUUGAAACUGGAAAUGCUCAAACAACACAAGAAGGUGGAUAAGGCAGACCGUGUCGUUGAGUCGACUAACAAGCAGUGUAAAACGUGGAUGUUGCAUUUCCCGCUGGAAAAGUCAGAAGGGGAGAUGUUCGGAGUUGUCGUCCAGUGCGUUCCGGCGGAUCAACCGAAGCGAUGUUGGGUAAUUUUGGCAGACCACGAGACUCAGUGCGACAAACUGCUGCGUGACAUCAAUGGUCAGGUUAAUCCGGAAGGCAAAUCGAUUAGGUACGAUGAUAUACUGGUGGAUGAUAUCUAUACGGCUCCGUAUGAGGGUUUCUACUACCGGGUGGUGAUUUUGGAAAAGAUUGACUCGGUUAAGUCUCUGGUCAAAAUUCGACUGAUCGACUACGGAAACGAAUUGAUUCUGCCGACUGCCGAUCUACGUGCUCCGCUUCCGCUGAUGAAGAAUCUUCGUGCGUUUGCAUUUCUUAUCGAGAUUCAGAAUCUGAAUCGACCUCUUGAGCUAACCGAAGUAAUUCGGAUUAUUAUCAUUCGGUCGGAGAGCGAUCGGAAGAUUGUAGAUAUGGAUCAGACGCGUUUGAGUUUGUUACAUUGGCUUGGGAACACGACAGUCGGAGAGGGUAGAAUCGUGGCCACUUUUUCUUCUCGGAAAGCGCUAGUUUUGCUUGCAUCUGAACCGACGAUGCCAAUCAUAAAAAAUUUGCACACACAGUUACCGAAAGUAGCUACCAUGUUUCCGUUGGCAGAUAAUUCAAAAGUGGGAGAUCUCGUCUGUGUGGAACUAUCCGAAGUCGGUUGGUCGCGAGCGAUGAUCAUCGAGCAACACGAAGGUUACCGGUUGGUUUUCACCAUCGACAAUGGAACGAUGGAGUUGGUAAGGGCGCAGGAUGUUCGCAGGCUGCCGGAAAAGUACAAGCACAAGCCUUGGCUCGUGUUGAAGAUGGAUGUAGGCAAGGUGGUUACGAAUGAGCUGGACUUUAAACGGAUGUGCUAUAUGCCAAGCUUUGAGUUCACAUUUGAGCGGUUGUCAUACAAAAAGGCGCUACAAAAGAUGAAGUGUACCAUGAAGGAUUCUGAAGGGAAACGUAUACUUGCGGAAGUAGACUUUAUGGACUUUGAAUGCGAUCUGAAGAAAGCUGGAUUAAACUUUUGGCCUCAUAUUCCACAGGACAAAAGCAUUGUAAGAAUUUCAUUCACUUUCGAUGUAAGCACCAUAGUCGUCUGUCCCAGAGAUAUUAUCAAUAUCUAUACUGGGCUACUGCAGACGGUGUUGCCGACCUUAAAACGCUUGACCACGGCUCCGAAUGUGAAGGACGUAAUCGUUGCUGUGGAUGAUCUCAUGAUACCGUACCGAGCAUUAGUCCUUUCCAAUGUAUCUACGACGGAAGUGGAACUCUUGGACCUCGACAGUGGAAACAUCACGAAGACUGUUUUGCAAAAGCUGUUCGAAUCCAAUGGGUUCGUGAAUAACCUGCCCGUUUACACCGUAAAAGUGCAUAUUCUAGAUAUGAACGUGUCCGCAAUCAAAGAUCAGGCUUGCGUUCUUGAUCAAUUGGAUGCCUUCAGAUCCGAGCAGCGUGAGUUCAGGAUGCAGUUCGAAGGCGGAUCGUACAUUUACGGAGUGAAGUUGCUCGAUGUGAACACGAAUCGUUCGCUGGCUACGAUUCUUUCGGAGCACCAUGACAAAAAGGUUCGCGAGGUUGAACAAGCAGUCACACACAAACGGGAGCACGAAACAGAACAGGUAGUUGCCGAAGGACACGAACAGGACCGGAAGACUCAUGAAGAUCGUCAAAUGACCGAAGUAUCUGUUGCACUGGCGGUUUUCACUAUCAACGACCUGAAACUGGUCGCGCUGCCUGUGGGAAAAAGUGGCGUCAAGUUGACCAUCCUGGAUGAUGGUGCUCUUGCUCAGGGCUUACUCACCGUCUGCGAGUUGACGGAAGAGAACAUAAAACGAUACACCACCCUGAUCGAUGAGGUCAACAGAGUGGCUGCCACAUGUGGGGGUGACGGAUACUGUCCGAAAUUGGACGAGUUGUGCAUUGCCGUGUUCGAUGACGACAAGAUGUGGUACCGAGCGGUAUGCUUGCAGACCCAACCAGCAAAGCACGCAUUCGUGGUGCAAUUGAUCGAUUAUGGCAACAUGACAUUGGUCAAGCGCGAAUCGAUCCGUAGUCUGCCGGAGGAGCUAGCUUUUCCCUGUGCGGCACAUACUUGCACCAUCAAAGAUACCAAGAAUGUUGUUGAAACGCUGACCAGACAACAGGCGACGUUGGGCUAUGUGGUGGCACAUGAGAUCCAGUUCGAGAGGGAUACAUACUCUUUGUCGUUCUAGAAGAUAAUGUUAUUUGAAUUUGUUAUUAUUGUUUUCCUUGCGUUAAAGGAACACUGUUUAUUUUUUUUUAUUGAUUUUUUUGUUAUAAAGAUUUAAAGUUAAUUUUCAUUUAAUGCAAUCCGUCGACGGAGAAAAUGUUAAAUUUCUCAGUCGAUAUGGAGCUCCCGAGCUAUGUUGAUCAUUGAUAUUGUUUGGAAAUAGAUCCAACUGA